AUGUCGCCCGAGGAGGAGCUGGACGGGUGCGAGCCGGAGCCUCUAGGGAAGCGGCCGGCCGUCCUGCCUUUGCUGGAGUUGGUCGGCGAGGCCAGUAACAGCCCCGGCAAGGACGGCUCACUCCCCUCGACGCCGCCCCCAGCAGAGGAGGAGGAGGACGAGUUGUACCGGCAGUCCCUGGAGAUUAUCUCUCGAUACCUCCGGGAGCAGGCAACCGGCACCAAGGACGCGAAGCCACUGGGCAGGUCUGGGGCCGCCAGCCGGAAGGCGUUAGAGACCCUGCGACGGGUCGGGGACGGUGUGCAACGGAACCACGAGACGGCCUUCCAAGGCAUGCUUCGGAAACUGGACAUCAAAAACGAAGACGAUGUCAAAUCUUUGUCUCGAGUGAUGGUCCAUGUUUUCAGUGACGGAGUAACAAACUGGGGCAGGAUUGUGACUCUCAUUUCUUUUGGUGCCUUUGUGGCCAAACACUUGAAGAGUAUAAACCAAGAAAGCUGCAUCGAACCAUUAGCAGAAAGCAUCACAGAUGUUCUCGUAAGGACAAAACGAGACUGGCUAGUCAAACAAAGAGGCUGGGAUGGGUUUGUGGACUUCUUCCAUGUAGAGGACCUAGAAGGCGGCAUCAGAAAUGUGCUGCUGGCUUUUGCAGGUGUUGCCGGAGUAGGAGCUGGUUUGGCGUAUCUAAUAAGAUAGCCUUUUAAGUGCAAUAAUUGACUCUUAACCAACUCCAGCCACCAAAACCACAUACGCCUGCUGUGAAAUCAGAUGUAUUUAUGAAGUUGGACUUAAAGCUGUGCAGGCCAUAACCUCCAGGAGUUCUAGUCUAGCAACGGAGAAAAGCAAGCGGCAGGAGGCCUAUGGCUAACAGGAAUAAAUACAUGGGAAAAGUAGUCCCUCUUGAAGAGUCACUGUCUGAAAGAAGUGAAAGAAGCGGAGUUCAGUUUCAGCAACAGGCAAACUUUGGGAGGCCACGGAGGAGGACUUUUAGAUUUAGUGAAGACGGUAGGGUGGAGAGACUUUAAUUACUUUGCCUAGAACAGGAAAGUGGCCAGUAGCCAGGCUAGUCAUAGAGUUCAUUAAAUAUGCCCACUGAAUCCAUUAACUUCUAUAGUGUUAAAAUAGAAGCACUAACAACGCCAGCGGCAUGUGUAAAAUGGAUUUAAGCUAUAAGUAAUAGAACCUAUGACUAGAAGCCUCAACACUGUACAACAGAGUGUGAAGGGAAGCUUUAUCCUCUAUAAUUAGCUUUCCUAGAUGUGCUUCUUGAAUAGAAAGUCCAAUGCUCAGGAUGUUUAUACCUGUUCUACUCUGGUUUGGUUUGAGUGAUUCCUAGUUUAUUAGCCUAGUGUCAUGGCCAAGAAUACUUGACUUAAGGCUCAAUUACAAAUCUGGAAUAUGCUGUUUUUAAGACAAAAACUUGUAACCGUCUGUAAAAAUUGUAUAUAUUUUUACAGAACAUCUGUUUGAAAUGUAAAGGGAGAAAAGUCUGAAAUUACAUUAGUUUUUUCAUACCCUUUUGAAAUUUACAACUUCUGUAGUUAGGAACCUGUUUCUUAUAGCUUUUUCUAUUCUAAAUUUUGUGCUAGUCAGUUCUAGAUUGUAUACAGAACCAACUGAUAUAAUUGUAUGCAACCUGGUUGUAGUACAACAAUUCUGAUUCAUAACUAUGCAGGCUUUAAUUUUCCUAUCUGAUUUUGGUAAGUAUUUCUUAAAUAGCUGUUUGGGUUUUUUGUUUUUGUUUUUAACCUGGGGCUGAGAAAUUGAGGAAUGGAAAUUAAUCCUUUCACUUUGUUACAUGUGGGUUUUCAAUAAUUGAGUCAAGGUUUUAAGGAUUUAUUGGGGGGGCAGGGCACACAGGCUGAUGACUUACAAAUAAUGGGCUCUGAUUGGGCAACUACUCAUUUGAGUUCCUUCCAUUUGAUUUAAUUUAACUGGUGAAAUUUUAACUGAGUUCAUGAGCUCAUCUUCAAAGCUUUUGCUAAAAGAUUUUCAGCUGUUCCAAAUGGGACUUAUUAGGAGUAUGUAUAAAAAGAUCACAUUGGGUGGAUGAGAGACAUUUGAUCCCUUGUUUGCUUAAUAAAUUGUACAAUGAUGGCUUGGAAAAGCAGGCUAUAGUCUAACCAUGGUGCUAUUACUAGGCUUGCUUGUUAAACGCAGGUCUAAGCCUAGUGAGUUAAUAAAACGAAUACUUAUUUCUUUUCUAUUAAAAAA